GCGUAUUUAACUCGCUGGGCUCUUUGAAGCCACCUGUAGCUGAUCUGUGUCCUCCAACGGAAAUAAACCUCCGAAAGCCACCGAGUUAACGGACAUAAACCCCUUGACACGGAAGACUUCUUCUAAGGAAUUUGUUUUUAAUAUUUUUGCUUUAGCCUUUUAUCUGUUUUUUUUUUAUUUUUUAUUAUUAUUUGUAUGAACAUCGAUCAAAUAGAGAACUAUGUUACUGACGCAUCGACUCUUCCUAUUAAUAUUAAUCUCGACUUCAGCAGUAACGAGCAUUCCAUCUGGGAAUACGACGACAACAUUCCCAAACAAUGCCACAACUCCACUGUUGUCAACGCAUGGUGGCAAUGUCACAUCUCCACCUUUAUCUACUCAAGGCAACGUGACAAACUCAUCCACAUCUGCACCAGAAAAUGCUACAAGUUCAUCAGUGAGUACAUCAGGAUAUACCACAACUUCACCUGCACUUGUAACUACAGCAGCCAUCACCACAAGUCCACUUGUACCUACAACGGGGAAUGCUACAAGCCAUCCUGUAACUGCAUCAGGCAACACCACAACUACUCCUUUACCUGAUCCAGCCAACAGCACAACCCUACCCCAAACUACAAGAGGGAAUGACACUACUCCUCCCAUUAGCACACCAGGCAACAGCACAGCUUCACCAAUUACAACACCAAGCAAUGUCACAAUUACAGCACAAACUACAUCAGGUAAUGCUACAACAGCAAACGCUACCACAGCACACACCACUACACAAGUAAACGUUACCACACCACCCACAACUACACCAGGGAACAAUGCAACAGAAAACAUUAUCACACCAGCCAUGACUACACCAGGGAACAAUGCAACAGAAAACAUUACCACACCAGCCAUAACUACACCAGUAGAUGCUACUACACCAGCCACAACUACACCAGAGAAUAAUGCAACAGUAAAUGCUACCACACCACCAAUGACUACACCGGUAAAUGCUACCACACCACCCAUGACUACACCAAUAAAUGCUACCACACCACCCAUGACUACACCAGGGAACAAUGCAACAGAAAACAUUACCACACCAGCCAUAACUACACCAGUAAAUGCUACCACACCACCCAUGACUACACCAGGGAACAAUGCAACAGAAAACAUUACCACACCAGCCAUAACUACACCAGGGAAUAAUGCAACAGUAAAUGCUACCACACCACCCAUGACUACACCGGUAAAUGCUACCACACCACCAAUGACUACACCGGUAAAUGCUACUACACCAGGGAAUAAUGCAACAGUAAAUGCUACCACACCACCCAUGACUACACCAGUAAAUGCUACCACACCACGCAUGACUACACCAGGGAACAAUGCAACAGAAAACAUUACCACACCAGCCAUAACUACACCAGUAAAUGCUACCACACCACCCAUGACUACACCAGGGAGCAAUGCAACAGAAAACAUUUCCACACCAGCCAUAACUACACCAGGGAAUAAUGCAACAGUAAAUGCUACCACACCACCCAUGACUACACCGGUAAAUGCUACCACACCACCAAUGACUACACCGGUAAAUGCUACUACACCAGGGAAUAAUGCAACAGUAAAUGCUACCACACCACCCAUGACUACACCAGGGAACAAUGCAACAGAAAACAUUACCACACCAGCCAUAACUACACCAGUAAAUGCUACCACACCACCCAUGACUACACCAGGGAGCAAUGCAACAGAAAACAUUACCACACCAGCCAUAACUACACCAGGGAAUAAUGCAACAGUAAAUGCUACCACACCACCCAUGACUACACCAGUAAAUGCUACCACACCACGCAUGACUACACCAGGGAACAAUGCAACAGAAAACAUUACCACACCAGCCAUAACUACACCAGUAAAUGCUACCACACCACCCAUGACUACACCGGUAAAUGCUACCACACCACCCAUGACUACACCAGGGAGCAAUGCAACAGAAAACAUUACCACACCAGCCAUAGCUACACCAGGGAAUAAUGCAACAGUAAAUGCUACCACACCACCCAUGACUACACCAGGGAGCAAUGCAACAGAAAACAUUACCACACCAGCCAUAACUACACCAGGGAACAAUGCAACAGAAAACAUUACCACACCAGCCACAACUACACCAGGGAAUAAUGCAACAGUAAAUGCUACCACACCACCCAUGACUACACCAGGGAACAAUGCAACAGAAAACAUUACCACACCAGCCAUAACUACACCAGUAAAUGCUACCACACCACCCAUGACUACACCGGUAAAUGCUACCACACCACCCAUGACUACACCAGGGAGCAAUGCAACAGAAAACAUUACCACACCAGCCAUAGCUACACCAGGGAAUAAUGCAACAGUAAAUGCUACCACACCACCCAUGACUACACCAGUAAAUGCUACCACACCACGCAUGACUACACCAGGGAACAAUGCAACAGAAAACAUUACCACACCAGCCAUAACUACACCAGGGAAUAAUGCAACAGUAAAUGCUACCACACCAGCCAUAACUACACCAGUAAAUGCUACCACACCACCCAUGACUACACCGGUAAAUGCUACCACACCACCCAUGACUACACCAGGGAGCAAUGUAACAGAAAACAUUACCACACCAGCCAUAACUACACCAGGGAAUAAUGCAACAGCAAAUGCUACCACACCACCAAUGACUACACCGGUAAAUGCUACCACACCACUCAUGACUACACCAGGGAGCAAUGUAACAGAAAACAUUACCACACCAGCCAUAACUACACCAGGGAAUAAUGCAACAGCAAAUGCUACCACACCACCAAUGACUACACCGGUAAAUGCUACCACACCACUCAUGACUACACCAGGGAGCAAUGCAACAGAAAACAUUACCACACCAGCCAUAACUACACCAGUAAAUGCUACUACACCACCUACAACUACACCAGGGAUUAAUGCAACAGUAAAUGCUACCACACCACCAAUGACUACACCGGUAAAUGCUACCACACCACCUAUGACUACACCAGGGAGCAAUGCAACAGAAAACAUUACCACACCAGCCACAACUACACCAGGGAAUAAUGCAACAGUAAAUGCUACCACACCACCCAUGACUACACCAGGGAACAAUGCAACAGAAAACAUUACCACACCACCCAUAACUACAUCAGGAAACACUACAACAGGGAAUGCUACCACACCACCUCAAUCUACAACAGGAAAUGCUACCACACCACCCCUUACCAACUCAACGAAUGGACCCAUCGUACCUACUACUAACCCAACUAACCCCACAACCACACCAGCUACCUGUCCUUCAGUGCCCUGCCCACCACUCAGUGUCUGCGUCAACUCCAUCUGUCAGUGUCUGACAGGAACUAUUCCUUCAAAUAAUACCUGUGUGGAAACUAAAACCUUUCCUAGUUCACUAAGGGUGAACCGCACAUUUGUAGAUGCUAUGAAUAAUCCCCAAUCACCUGAAUUUCGGAAUGCAGCUAAUGAAAUCCUAAUUGCGGUAAAUCGUGCUCUGCUUAACCAGCCAAACUACAUUAACAGCACAGUCCUUAGGUUGACGCCUGGCAGUAUAGUGGCUUCAGUAAACAGUUAUUUUCAGGCUUAUUCUCCAGCCACCCAGGAAUCGGUUGCAUCGGCCAUGGAUACUGCUAUAAAAAAUGCAACAAACUGUGGAACGGCAGAAUGUGGCAUUCUUGCUGGUGCUCAAUAUACUGUAAGCGAUCUGUGCAAGGGAGAUCCUGCUCCUUGUGAUGUUGACACUACAGUGUGUGAGACCAAAGAUGGGAUCGCUGUUUGUACCUGCAAACCUGGCCAUGUACCCAGCCCUUACCAGACCAGAAGCUGUAGAGUUUGCCCAAGUGGCUACAAAGCACAGGGAAAUAACUGUGUUCAAUGUUCAUUUGGCUAUUCUGGUUUCAACUGUGAUGACUCCUCUUUGUUGGCUCUAGUGGUGGUGGCGUGUGUGUUAGGGGGACUUCUGCUCAUUGUGAUUCUGGCAGUUCUCAUCUAUAUCUGUGUGACUCGUAGCAGAAGGAAGUCAAAUGACAAUCAUUUCAACAGCCCGUAUCCUGCUGAGGAAUUCCGGGGCACAUGGCCCUCUCAGGACAUCAGCCAUAUUCCUCGUGUCACUCUCACAUCUACUUCCAGUAAUGAUGUCUUUGGCAACAAUCUGGAGAUGGUUGAAGGGCCAGGCAAAAAAGGCCACAGUAAUGGAAUGACGGGCUCGUAUGACCUCAGAACAGAUGGCAUGAGGACCUUUAAGGACCCAAACCCCACACGAUACUCUUAUCUGGUGGGUCAUGAAAACCCCUACUUCAUACAAGGAGAUGGGAAGAGAUGAGGAAAGAAGCAGAAAAGGACAAAAAAUGAGUGCAAUAACAAUAUGAAUUAUAAAAAAGGCCUUGGAUCAAACUGUUUCAGGAAAGUUAAUGCUGUCAAAACCAUACAGCUGAUCACAGACGCAAAGUAUGCACACAAACAUCAUUUGAGAGAUACAUUGUUUUUAAUAUUUUACCGUUUUUAUCCUAAAUCCCUCUCACCCAGGAUAAAAUGCUCACUUCCUAUAAGUGCAUUGAUGAUUGGGUUUCUUUUACCACAAGCGUGAUUGAUGUGUCUUAUGUAUGUUAAUGAGAGAUGAACAUUGAACAACCACUCAUCUGUAUUUCUUGUCAUUUCUUACCAUGUUUUAUCUGCACAAUUUAUAUCAUAUUCAAUGUUUUGUUGUCUGUCAGAGGUCAUGUAUGUUACUGUGGUUUUCAACUCAAAAUACUUUAUUAUAAAGGAUAUAAUUUUGAACCACAUUAUAUUUAAUUUUUCUUAUCUGUGGAAGCAAUAAAUGGCGGAAUAUACAAUGUAAUCCAGUAGUUCUGAUUGCAUCUAAUCUAUAUUCUGAUACAGUAAGAGAGCAUGUCAUGUGUCUAUGUUGUGUUUGUGUUGUAAGUUAUAUGAUGCUAUAUGAAAGCAUUAAUUUAUUUUAUGCCAGGACAAUGCAUGCCACCAGAAAUUGAUCUCUGUGCCUGACUCUGAUGUUGUCUUUUGAAUAGGAGACUUAUGCAUUGAAGAGGAGUUGUUAACCAUGUCUCCUCUGUAGUCGUGCCAAUAAUCAUAUUUAUUUAAAUCAGAACAUGACGUUGUUUAUUCAACCAUCUGUUUGCUUCAUAUAUAUAUACUUAUUUAUGUGUCACUGGGAUAUUUUCUAUCUGUACAUAAAGCUUUUGUAAAAAAAAAAAUGCUCUUGGGACAAAGUGAUUCAUCUUGUUCUGUAUAUUAAAAGGAAAUAAAUUAAUAUAAAGAUGUAGUUAUCUAA